UACUUCCCUCUCCUCUGUAUUUCGGACUUUUUUUUAUUUUUCAAUUCAUGUUCAUCAAUAAUUUAAUUUUGAUUAUUUAAUUAGUUAAUAUAACAUUAUUCAUAGACUAGUGCGAUUUUUAUGUACAUUGUGUAAUUACCUACUUGCUGUCCUACUUGAUGACUACUGUGUUAAUUAUACCUGUUUAAAAUGCAAGACAGUAGACCUGAACUGUAUGAAGAAGUAAAGCUUUAUAGAAAUGCCAGAGAACGUGAAAAGCACGAUAACAUGGCCGAGCUGUACGCCGUGGUGAGCACGCUGCAGCACCUGGAGAAGGCGUACAUGCGGGACUGCGUGCGCGCGCAGGAGUACACGGCGGCCUGCAGCCGGCUGCUCGUGCAGUACCGCGUCGCGUUCAAACAGGUGCAGGGGGACGAGUUCCCCACUAUCGAAUCGUUCGUCGAUAAAUAUAGGUUAGACUGCCUGGCAGCACUGGAAAGGAUAAAGGAGAACAAACCGAAUCUGAUAAAGGAUGAUAAGGGCAACACCAACAAAUACAUUGCAGAGAUUGUAUCCUUAUUCAUCACGCUGAUGGAUAAGCUCCGGCUGGAGUUCCGGGCGAUGGACAUGAUCCAGCCCGAGCUGCGGGACCUUCGCGACACUAUGGACCGGCUCCUCAUGUUGCCUGAAGACUUUGAAGGGAAACUCAAGGUACAAGAGUGGUUAGACAAACUGUCGGAGAUGUCAGCAUCGGACGAGCUGUCUGAAACGCAGGUCAGGCAGUUGGUGUUCGAUCUGGAGUCCUCAUAUGGAGCCUUCAACAAGUUUCUGCACAAGGACUGAUGAGGUGGCCAGAAGAAGGUACUUUCAUAUAGUGGAUCUCGCUACUGCUGACGUGCAUAUUAUUAAUAAUUUAAAAAAUAUAAUAAUAUAUAUACUCUUUGAUUAUAUAUAUAGAGUGUCUCCAUACAAAUGCUUCGUGAAAAGCGGCUCAACUUUUUCAUACAAUUUUUCAUGAUAAAUACUUAUGAGUGAUUCCUUUAUAACUUCUAUAUUUAUUUUGUUUUAUAAUUUUUGCAUAUUUUUAACGUGUAAAACUUAAUUUUAUUUAUUAAAUAAUUAAAUAUAGAUACGUCAAGAUACCAUUAUGUGCGUAACAUAUGUAGAACACUGAUAAAAAAAACGAGUCUGCUAAUUUGACAAUUGGCUGACAAAAAGUUGAUCCGUUUUUGAGACUAGAUCUCUAUAAGCUCUGUAAGCUCUAUCUAUAUAAGCUAAGUGUAUACUAUUGUAAUAUAAUAACAUUUUUUUAUAUUUUAAUACAAUUUAUUAAUAUAUAAAUUAAUUUGUUGGUUGAAAUGUGCCGUUGACCGCGGAUUGUGUAUUGUGAGAACUGUUUUUAUUUAAUUCUAGAUAAAUAUUGUUAUAUUUUAAUAUAAUAACGACCAGAUUAAACUUACGUGUUUUAGUAAAAAAUAGUUUCGGGACCAUCCAGUACCCUUAGUCAUGAGCGGCCGUUAUUACAUUAAAAUAUAAUGCGUACUCACGUAAAUUUUUAACAAUAAAUAAAUAUAGUUAUGUAAAUUAUUUAGCGGUAUUAAUUGGUAAUGAAUAAAAAAUAAAUGCUAUUCGUUAGUAAAUAUAUUACUGGAGAAUAGCUGAAGAAA